AGCUUUAGUGGCUUUGUUCUUCUUACACUUCAAGCGAGACUCGCCUUGGUCGCCCGCCUAGUCAGUAUGUGUGUGGCGCUUUGGGCUGCCUGCCUUGUUGAUGGCCGUGCUGCUGCUGCUGUCAGCGAGCCUGUGGCCAGGCCCGGACCCAAACGAAGAUACGGAAUGGAAUUCAAUUCUGCGCAAACAUGGAAUCAUCCCUCAAAAGGAAGAACCCAAGGAGGAAGAAGAGGAGACAACUGCACAGCAACAGUCAGUUGUGAAGAACUACGAUGACAUGACCAUAGAUGAAUUUGAUGAGCUUGAAGAUGAACUAAAUGAAGAGGAUGAGCGUGUCAUAGAAAUGUAUCGACAAAAGAGGCUGGCGGAGUGGAAGGCACAGCAAAUGAAAAACAAGUUUGGAGAUGUUUUGGAGAUCUCGGGUCAAGAUUACGUACACGAGGUCACCAAAGCUGGCCCUGACAUCUUUGUGGUGCUUCACUUAUAUAAACAGGGCAUCCCGUUAUGUGCCUUAAUAAACCAGCACUUGACAGCCUUAGCCAGGAAGUUCCCAGACACCAAGUUCCUGAAGUCCAUCUCCACUACUUGCAUCCCCAAUUACCCCGACAAGAACCUCCCUACCAUUUUCGUUUACAAGGAUGGUGACAUUCGUGCUCAAUUCAUUGGCCCACUGGUCUUUGGAGGCAUGAACCUUAAACAGGACGAAUUGGAGUGGAGGCUCUCGGAGUCAGGAGCUAUUACGACGGACCUGGAGGAAAAUCCUCGCAAGCCAGUGGAGGACAUGAUGAUGUCUUCAAUUCGAAGCUCAAGAGCGGUCACCAAGGAUGACAGUGACCAUGAAGACUAGCACUCGAGCGGUGCCAAAUAUGUUUUCAUAUCCAAACUCCAGCAGUGUUCUACAGUAUUUCUGUACAAACUCCAGUUAACCACACUGAUGUAUAAGUUGUCUGUGAUUAUGCAGGAAUUAAUUAUAACCAUUCUGAUGGUCAGCAUUUCUUAAAAACAUGUUUUAUACCUUGUAAUGUUAUUCUUUAAUAUAAACUUCAAUGAUAACAUCAUUGCCUUUAAUAAUGGUAACUAUUUUUCACCAACCGUUGCCAUGUAUAAUCCCGAAUAUAUUUUUAUCUGUUCUAAGAAUGCGCAUAUUGAUUAAUUCACAUUUGAAUUGCAAUAUAAAACAUACAUUGUGGGGGUUUAAAAAUGCUUCGACAUCAGUCACGAUAAAUUCUUAAGACUCGGACAGUAUGUGGCAUGUUGAAGGAUGUAUGCACAUUACAUGCUGAUGUAUAACAGGACAAUUGUAUACACCAAAACUAUAAAUACAAUCACUCAAAUUGAUUAAUGAGGCAAAUAAUUUUAGCAGUACAGUAUAUUGAUUUACCACCAGAGUGAAUUGUUAACCUAUUGAGAUUUUUUUUUUUAAUGCCAUUUGUGAUUUCGUCUGAGACUUGGGAAAAUAUACUGUAUGCAUAUUCUGAUGAAAAAACAUUUUUGGUUAAGUAUCAAUUUGGUAUGCUUCAUUGAGUUCAAGUAUUGUUAAAAUGUAACAGUACCCUUAUAUUUUUAUGGUUAAUAUUUUUAUUAUUUUAUUGUUUCCCUUCUACGUGACGUUACCAAAAGAACCAAGAAUAUGAAUCCCUCCAGUCACGAAAGGUUUAAAUCAAAAUUUAAGUACCCUUAUUUUGUAACUCUAACUAUUAACUUGAGAAUUCUAGUCACAAGUCAACAACCGAGUGUAUGUCGAUUCUGCUGAAUUAUAAUGUGCAGAUAGGGUUAUACCAUCAUACCCAGGUUAUAAACCUAUAGUACUUUUUCAAUAAAGUUCUGGAAAUUUUUGAAAGUCAACAACC